AAAUAAGGUACAAAACGUUUAGUGUGUAGUCAUCGUGUUGAUCGUGCUUGUGUGCCUUGUGGUUUGCUGUACGUUUGUGUUCGCCGUGUGUUUACUUCGAUUGCAUUUGUCGCUCAUUAUCGGUGUUUGGUGCAAAAUUUCACUGCCAGUGCCAGUUCCCCCGCUCACACCCCCACGCAAGGAUCGAAUGCGAUCGGUGCCGCAUAAUGUGCAACCCCUACGCCAGUUUCCCACCUGUGCCCAGCCGCUACCGGUGGCCAAAUAAAAAAACGAUUGGCUAAUGUUUGAAAAUGGGUUUCCUACGGUAAAUUGCUGGAUUUCUCCUUAAACCAAACCACCGCGAAUGGUAGAGGAGAAGUGCAGCGAAAUAAUAAAAAAAAACAACAACCAUCUACAUCCAAACACAAACAGAGUCAAAUUGAAGUGCGCAGAAGAAAAGUGAAAGAAAAUGCGGCUGGAAAAAUGUUUCAAGCUGUGUGUAGGCGAGCGUCAUCUUCGUAUUUGAUGCCUUUCACGUUGCACACACCAUUGUCGUCAAGAUCGAUCGAGCGAUCAUCGAUUUCGCUCGAAAAUAAUGGAUCUAUUUUCCAUUGCGCUUCGCCAGUGAUGAUGGGCGCCCCCGGAAAAGUGGCUGCAAUAUUAAUGAAAAAUAGUGCAAAAAAGGUUAACAUAUGAAUAAAAAAAAAAAACAAACAAACAAACAUUGGUGAACAAAUCACCCGCAUAAUGAAGGGUUACAGUGUAAUGUGCGCUUUUGAGUGUUUUGAAAUUUUCUUUUCAUUUUUUUUUGUUCGGUGGUGUGUCUUGUGUGUUGGCUUUCAGUGUUUGUAAUUAUAAUAUUUUAAACCCAUCCCUCUCCCAUUUUCAGCAAUGCAAUCUCAUCCUCAACUUGAUCCUUGAAAGUUAAACGAUCGAAUACGGUUGCGGAAAGUUUUUUACCAUUUUCCAUUUGUGCAAAACAGUGAAUAUUCGAGGUCUCCCAAAAAAGAAAAAAAAGAGAAUAAUUACCAUCCAUGCUGACCUCGGAAGUGAGUGCACGAGUGGAAAAAUUGUUGUGCCCCAUCUGAUCGAAAAAGUUUUUCCAUCAGCAUCAGCAAGUGAAACGUUUUUCCGGUGUCAUUGCACAAAAAAAAAGGUGAAAACAUAAAAUUAUCCUUUGCGAGGAUUCGAGUUUGAUUAAUAGCUGGUUUCAAGUGCAGUCUCCGGCGGACACGGUUUUUGGAUGGACGUGUGAAGGAAAAAAAGGACUCGAUUGCAUCACCGAAACGCACGAACGACACACGCUAACGUGGUGAAGGUAAACAGCGACGCAUGUACGGAGUGAAGCUUUUGGUUGGAUCCGGAUAGUAUGAAUAGUUUAUCGACCAGCCGCCGCCGCAACGCUAACGACAAACAGUUCAGCCCGGACCCGAUGCGAUAAUUGGCCGGCAAGAUGAGAUGGUUUAAACGAUCGACCGAGUCACCGAAACUGCUCAGCCUGUCCCCGCUGCGACACUCCGAGUCCGGGAAUGUCUACGGCGGUAAUGAACCGUCCGGGCUGCUGCUGCUUCACGAUCAUGAUCGUCCCAUCGGGGCAACGAUCCGGCGAAGAAGUGCAGGUGAUGGGGGUGGCGUUUUUGGGAUGAAUCCAGCCGGUGGUGGACACGGGGAGCUGCUCGUACCGGCUGUUGGAUUAUCCAAUUCCCCAUCCAAUUCUUCCACCACGUCCGGUACGUCCAGUUCGAGUGGGUCCUCACCGUCAACCACCAACUCGUCCAGCACGUGUACCUCCAGCAGCUCUCCGUUUUCCUACACCAGUGACAGCAAGUGUAGCAGUGGCAGCAACGGUGCUGGUGGACACAAGAUGCUUCAGUCCGGUACUGCCACAACGCCAAGGAAAUCCCGUAUAGAUCUGUCUCCCGUCAACUGGGCAAAGCGCACCGGUUCGUCCGGCAUCAACUGCUACAGCAUCGAGGAAGGGCGGGUUAUCGAGCGUUCGAAAGGUCGUUACAUUUCGCCGAUACGCAUCAAAAACAAGCAGCAAGCGAUCGCGAACGCAGCAACAACUGGCGGUAGCACACCGGCCCCUACCACCGGCCACACCCUUCCAUGUACACCCGCCACGACGACAACACCAGUAUCGCGUCGAAUACUGCAACGAGCCAGUGCCGAUAAGACCGCGGAUGUGUCCGUCAGCGGUAUCGCAUCGUCCGGUAGCUCUUCGCUCUACAAGCAACUGAGCCGAUCGAUCGGCAAUAUUGUCGAUACGAUCGAGAGUCGUAGCCCAUCGCUCAGCCAACGUUCGAUACCGUACCGAGAGAAGAAGAAUCCACUCGGUAGCACCCGGUUAUCGUGCUACCAGCCGAUCAGUCUGGAAACGAGGACAGCGGAAGACGACGCUAAAGAACGGCCAGAACGGAAGCAUGGUUCCACAACGGUGGACGCUGGUAGCAGUGCAACGUUACGAAUGCAAAAAGUGCGACAUCCGCUAUACAAAUCGGUGGAUGAUUUAAUCUUUCUCGGUUCUACCGGUGACGUGAUCGUACCUGUGACGCCAUCUGACACACGUGCGCCAUCCAGCCAAGCGUCAGAAGCUGUAGCUAUACAAAACGACACAUCAGCCGAACUGCAACAAAGCACCCUGCACCGAUUAGCGUCCCAAGCGACGACGACGACGACAACGUCGUCCGAUACGAGACGGAACCACCAACACCAUCUCAAGCGUGCUAUCACCGUCGAUGUGGGCAGUGGUGGUCCUAAUCCGACAACCACAACCGAUCGACGCUUAUCAUUCCCACAAAGCACGGAACACUCCACCGCUCGAGUGGCAGUCGUAGUUGAGCGUGACGCAAUUGCAGCUGCGAACAAGACCCAGAGUGGUCCAGUUAGCGAACUACCAAAGAACGACGAAGUAACGACGGAGUCGAACAUGAUCAUGAUGGAUCCUGCCGAUCACGAUGAAACGUACGGUUUUGCUCAAAUGCGCUCCACGCUCGGACCGAUCGAGACCGCCUAUCGGUUGCGGUUGGAGGCACUCAAGCACGAAACCGCAAACGGCGAACUAUCGUCCAGCAAUUCGGCUACGUUCAAGACGCCAAAGAAGAAGGACAACUUUACCAACAAAAUACGCGCGAUGUCCGAUCGCACUCAGAAGCUCUUCUCGCGCAUCUACUCCACCAACAACGGUGGUGGUGGUACGAGUGGACAGAAGGGUUACCAUCUGUCGGCUACCAAGUCGCUGAAGAAGUCCACCGGGAAGCUGUCGGAAGCGAGCCGCAGAAGUGUGAGCUACGGUGCACUGCCUGGGUUAGCCGAUUUCCAGAAGAACGUUUCCAAAGAGUCGCGAGAUGAUGUCUACGAGGAUGUGGAGAAGCAACCGGACACAGCUCCAACGGUAAAGCAACAGCAUCCGAUCGAUGAUCUUGAUACGGAGCUGCUGGUUGGUGGUGGCACAGUGAUUGCGAUCGGUAGCAGUGCUGGCCACACGGACGCAGAAGAUGGCGAUUCGGGUAUUCUCGUCAAUGAAUCUGGUGCUUCUUCCAUCCUCGAGACGGACGAUGUGUUCCACGAACAGGGUUCGAGAAUACCGAACAUACCGACCAAGGUACUGAACGGUAGUGUGGCAGAAUCGCAGGAGUUUAAGCUGGUCACAAUCCGGUUGGACGAGCCGGUAGAAUUGGUGGCGGAACCGGGCGCAGAAGAUGGAAGUGGGUUGGGUAUUAUCAUCACCCCGAUUGCCACCACGGAGGGUGAGGUCAGCAAUCGCUACAAGGUGGCCCAUGUUUUGCCCGGAGGACUUGUUUGCAGGGAAGGUUCGAUUAAACCGAACGAUGAAAUUGUCAACAUCCUCGGGAAGCGACUGCGUGGUUUGUCGAUGCGUCAGGUGCAGGAGUUGCUUAAUAGUUGCGCACGGCGCGGUACUGGCCGCACUAGCAUCGAUCUUGUCAUUUGUCGCAGUAGAGCAAAUGGCAUCGAUCACCAAGACGACGACGACCACCAUCAACAGCAGCAGCAACAAAGGCCACCGUCUGUUAAUCGACGGUUGUUCCGCAAUAGCCGCAAGAUAUCGCUCGACUCGUACUUGGAAGAUGAACGACCGGAUCACAGUGGAAGCGAGACAGGUUCCGAGCAGGAUACUACCAACUAUACGUCGAUUGCUAUCAAAAUCGACGGUAACAAGUACAACACACUCGGAACGCCCCGGCGUUCGAAGCAGCCACUCUCGAUGAUUUACAAACAGCAGCAGCAGUCCCAACAGUCUCAGCCACCUUCCUUAAACACGGUCGUAACCUGCGAUGGCAUUCCCGGUACGGAAGUGGACUCGCAGCCACCCUCGCUCGAUUGCGCCAAGCGUCGUUCGUUCACCAAAAACGUUACCCCUACGCAACCAUCCAACACGUCCUCGAAAGUCGUUCGCCGAUCCCUUGUCGGCAAGCAGUCUCACAAUCUUCCACAAUCCCCGCAGCUUGUUAUGACUGCUCGCAGUACGAUGAAUCUGUGCGAUGAUGAAAAGCUAGAACUGCAUGCAUCUACCUCCGAUGAUGCAGAAACAAGCAGCGGUACCAGUUCGCUCGAGCUGGACAAAUCUACCGCCAGUAACUUCUGCACCCUGCCAAGACGCCCGAAAUCAUCCGCGCUGUGUUCGUUCCAUACGGUCACGUUCGAGAAAGGUCCAGGCAAGAAGUCGCUCGGUUUCACUAUUGUUGGAGGCCGUGAUAGUCCGCGCGGUGCGCUUGGUAUCUUCAUCAAGAGUAUCUUGCCGACCGGUCAGGCGGCGGAGGACGGACGAUUGCGUGCGGGUGAUGAGGUGCUCGCCGUAAACGGGCAGGUCUGUCACGAUCUUACCCAUCUGGAGGCGGUGAAGCUGUUCAAAAGCAUCAAAACGGGUGAGAUUGUGCUGCAACUGUGCCGGCGCAACAAAUCCACCCAUCGUUCGAUGGACAUCGAUGCGAACGCAUGCUGAGCCGGGUGGGAACGUAGGGGAGAAGGUUUUAGCAAGACUUAUUAGCUGGUAGGACAGACCGUUUGCAAAGGUGUUUGUACAGCAGGAAACCUUUGUUGCGUUAGGACAGAUCAGGGUUCUACUUAGUAGACUGCGGGUAAGUUAAAGAGCGAGGUGUCGGUAGUACAGCGGGUAACCUCCAUAGCUGACUAACCUCCAACUCAAUGGGAUGCAGCAGCAGUAUUGCUGUCUAGUGUGAAAUGUCUAGAGUUAGUACUUUAGUGCGUGGCGUAAGUAAAGUCGUCUAUAUGUAUGUGGUAAUAAAUAUAAUUAAAACAUGAAUUGAAAUAUCCUA